AAUAGUCAUCAUAAAAUGUCAUUGGAAAGAAAUACUGCUUGGUGAUCUACUAAUUUAUUAAUAAAUAGGCAACUCAUAGCAUUAAGAACAUUAUUACAUAAAUGUCAUACUUCUCUUUUGUUGUUUUAGCUAAGAUAGAGGGAAAUAGAAAGAAAGAAAGAAAGAGACUUUCAUGAGAAAUAAGAAACUUCUUAUCUCUGAGUUAUAAUCUGUAAGCAAAAAAACCAAACCAUUUUCUGAAAACUAUACAAAAACUUCCUAAUUUCUCAUCAUGCUUACCUUGUAUGCAAAAAAUACCAUAACCCAUUUGUUUUUUCUAGCCAACCAAGAUCAUUAUACAAGCAAACCAAUUAUGAAAUGAUUAAUUCAAGUUGGUCAGUGGGUUGUUCUCUCUUCAUCAUCUAAGCCAAAAUCUGGUUUUAGUUUUUAUUUUUGAAGGAAAUUUAGAGAAGAAGAAGAGCUGGAAAUGGCAGGAGGAGGGUCUUUGGCUCCGGCCGGUGGACGUAAGGAAAGAGCUGAGCUAUAUGAAGGGAAAGUGACCUUUGCUGUGGUUAUUGCCUGUAUUAUUGCUGCCAUUGGAGGAUCACUUUUUGGAUAUGAUGUUGGAAUUUCAGGAGGAGUGACAUCAAUGGAGGCAUUCCUUAAGAAAUUUUUUCAUAGGGUAUAUCUGAAGAAGCAGCAUGCACAUGAAAGCAACUACUGCAGAUAUGAUGACCAAAGGCUAGCAGCUUUUACUUCUUCUCUCUACCUUGCUGGUUUAGUUGCAUCUCUAGUGGCAAGUCCUAUUACUAGAGUAUACGGUCGCCGGACUAGUAUAAUAUUCGGAGGUAUCAGCUUUUUCAUUGGAGCAGCCUUAAAUGCCUCAGCUAUUAAUCUGGCAAUGCUUCUCGUAGGCCGAAUCAUGUUAGGCAUUGGCAUAGGAUUCGGAAAUCAGGCUGUUCCAUUAUAUUUAUCAGAGAUGGCGCCUACUCAUCUCCGAGGAGGACUGAACAUUAUGUUUCAGUUGGCAACUACUACCGGAAUCUUCACAGCGAAUAUGGUAAAUUACGGAACUCAGAAGAUAGAAUCAUGGGGAUGGAGACUCUCUCUAGGACUAGCUGCUGCUCCAGCUAUAAUGAUGACAGUAGGAGGUUUAUUUCUGCCUGAGACGCCAAACAGUUUAAUUGAACAAGGACAUCAUGAAAAAGGAAGAAAAGUCUUGGAGAAAAUCCGAGGAACCAACAAGGUCGAUGCAGAAUUUCAGGACAUGUUAGAGGCAAGUGAGUUGGCUAAUUCAAUCAAGCAUCCGUUCAGAAACAUCCUCGAAAAGAGGAACAGACCGCAGUUAGUAAUGGCGAUAUGCAUGCCAGCGUUUCAAAUUCUUACAGGCAUAAAUAUAAUUCUAUUUUAUGCUCCAGUGCUGUUUCAGAGUAUGGGAUUUGGAAGUAAUGCUGCCCUCUACUCCUCAGCGGUGACUGGAGCAGUUCUUUGUUCCUCCACAUUCAUUUCUAUUGCAACAGUUGAUAAAUUAGGAAGAAGGUUUUUACUUAUCAGCGGCGGAAUUCAAAUGAUUAUAUGUCAGGUAAUAGUAGCUAUAAUCUUGGGAUUGAAGUUUGGGGAUAAUCAGCAACUAUCUAAAACCUUCUCAGUGUUGGUUGUAGUAGUGAUUUGCCUCUUUGUAGUUGCUUUCGGAUGGUCAUGGGGUCCUUUAGGCUGGACGGUGCCGAGCGAAAUAUUUCCACUCGAGACACGAUCAGCCGGCCAGAGCAUUACGGUGGCUGUAAACCUUUUCUUCACUUUCGCAAUAGCUCAGUCUUUCCUAUCCCUCCUUUGUGCAUUCAAGUUCGGUAUCUUCCUCUUCUUUGCCGGAUGGAAUACUGUCAUGACUGUCUUCGUUUACUUCUUCUUGCCUGAAACCAAAGGAGUUCCUAUUGAAGAAAUGAUAUUUCUAUGGAGGAAACACUGGUUCUGGAAAAAGAUAUUACCAGGAGAAGCAGAAGUUGAUGAAAGUAGGGAAAACUUGGAAAUGGGUGAAGCUGUUGCAAGCAGAAUUAAAUAGCCUCUGCAAUAAAGGGUUCACUUCUUAAGAAAACCCCCAUCAUUUAUACAGAUGAUUUCAUGUCACACAAUACUUUUAUUCAUGUAUAGAGAUAAGGAACAGGUUGUGCAUAUACUUUGUUGUAUCUAAUAGGGAAAGAAAAGGUUCAAUUCA